GUGGUGUAGGGGUGGAGAACAGGGACUGAACCACAGAAGCAUAAAACAGAGAGGGAGUCAUUUGUCAUGCGUCACACAGCAAGACAUGAUGGUACUGGGCUUGAAUUCAGUCUUUCUGACAUCCUGGUCUAAACAUUUUCCUUUUCUCCAGGCUGGGGACAUGGCUGGGGUCACUGGGAGGUGGUCUCCAUGGGGAAGACCCUGUAGAGUGCUUCUGAGACUUCCAAAAACAUCGGGGCUCUUCCCAAAUCUGCUGCAGUAAGUGGCACCCUAAUGGCCCCAAAUUACUCCUUGCCCAAGCCCAGAGCCCACAGGAGGCCUCCACCGAGUCAUGACCCUGGGACUAUGAAAUCUUACCUCUUUCUGCACCACACUCACCGGCCCAGCCCUGCCGCUGUUCGUGCCUACUUCAGUUAACCAUGAUGGAAAAUGUUCUUACCCAUCCUUGCACUUCCCAGGAAAUUACCCCUGAGACUAAGAUGCCUGGUGGGUGGGGACUUGAGUUUCCAGAACUGGGAGGGAGGGGCAGGCCUGGGGUUUGAGGGCAGGAAUCGUGGCUGUGAGGUGGGGCCUGGGACUUUCUCAGGACGAAUGAGAUUCUGCCAUUUCCGCUGAGGGUCUGAGUGUUGCUGCGGCUUUAAAAGCAUGAGAGUCUCAGAGAUACUCCUCCUGCCUGUCCUGAGCUUCCACAAAAGCACGUUGCGAGGGACAGCGUCUCGGCCCUGGGGGUCUCCUUAGACCCUGUCUCCCUGCUCUCCAUUUAGCAGCGAUCAGUGGACAAUUUCUGUCUUCUCCACUCCAAGUCCUUGUCUUGGUUCUUUCCCAUGCAGCGCUAGAGGGAACGGCAGACGGUUCUCAGGGCUGGGGUGGGGGGUCUCUUCAGCCCCUAGCUUCAACACCCCUCGCCACGUUAUUUUUCCCUGUUCUACCCUUCAGCACCAUCUGGGCAUCGACAGCUCCUCGGCUUCGGCCCCACCUUGAGCCCCCGUUCCACCUUCUCCCGCUUCAGCACCUCCGGCGCGGACAGCUCCUCGCUGUCGCUUCCACUCCCGGCCCUGGGCCGGACCCGAGAGCAGACGCUCCUCGGCGCCCGCUCACGGGGACGACUCCUGCUCCCUGCUAUCCCAGACCCCUUUCUCUGGCCAUGGAGACCCUUGGGGUCAGCGAAGGGGCAGAGGUGUGCAGCAGGUUGAGUCGCUCUCGCGGCCGCCACAGCAUGACCAGAGCCCCAAAGCACCUGUGGCGGCAACCCCGGCGCCCCAUCCGCAUCCAACAGCGCUUCUAUUCGGAUCCGGACAAGUCCGCGGGCCGCCGCGAGCGGGACCUGAGCCCGCGGCCCGGGCUCGGGAAGUCGCGGCUUUCCUGGCCCAUUUCCUCCUGCAGGCGCUUUGACCUGGAAAAUGGGCUCUCAUGCGGAAGGAGGGCCCUGGACCCUCAGUCCAGCCCUGGGCUGGGCCGGGUCAUGCAGGCUCCAGUCUCGCACAGCCAGCGGCGCGAGUCCUUCCUGUACCGCUCAGAUAGUGACUAUGAACUCUCACCCAAGGCCGUGUCUCGGAACUCCUCUGUGGCCAGCGACCUACAUGGAGAGGACAUGAUUGUGACGCCCUUUGCCCAGGUCCUGGCCAGUCUGCGGACGGUUCGGAGCAACGUGGCGGCCCUUGCCCGCCUGCAAUGCCUAGGAGCAGCCAAGCAGGGACCCGUCGGAAACCCUUCAUCCAGCAAUCAGCCCCCUCCGCCUGCAGAGGACACGGGGCAGAAGCUGGCAUUGGAGACGCUAGACGAGCUGGACUGGUGCCUGGAUCAGUUGGAGACGCUGCAGACCCGGCACUCGGUGGGGGAGAUGGCCUCCAACAAGUUCAAGCGGAUCCUAAACCGGGAGUUGACCCACCUGUCCGAAACCAGCCGCUCGGGGAACCAGGUGUCCGAGUACAUCUCCCGGACCUUCCUGGGUGAAAUUGGCUUCUGUAAGCCUCACCCUGGCCCAUCUGCAGACCAGCAGACUGAGGUGGAGCUGCCCAAAGUGACCGCUGAGGAGGCCCCGCAACCCAUGUCCCGGAUCAGUGGCCUACAUGGGCUCUGCCAUGGUACCAGCCUCUCCUCAGCCACUGUCCCACGCUUUGGGGUCCAGACUGACCAGGAGGAACAGCUGGCCAAGGAGCUAGAAGACACCAACAGGUGGGGACUUGACGUGUUCAAGGUGGCGGAGCUAAGUGGGAACCGGCCCCUUACAGCUAUCAUAUUCAGCAUUUUUCAGGAGCGGGACCUGCUGAAGACAUUCCAGAUCCCAGCAGACACACUGGCCACCUACCUGCUGAUGCUGGAGGGUCACUACCAUGCCGAUGUGGCCUAUCACAACAGCCUACAUGCCGCUGAUGUGGUCCAGUCCACGCAUGUGCUGCUGGCUACACCUGCCCUGGAGGCUGUGUUCACAGACUUGGAAAUCCUGGCUGCCCUCUUCGCAAGCGCCAUCCAUGAUGUGGACCAUCCUGGGGUCUCCAACCAGUUUCUGAUUAACACCAACUCAGAGCUGGCGCUUAUGUACAAUGAUGCCUCCGUGCUGGAGAACCACCACCUGGCUGUGGGCUUCAAGCUGCUGCAGGCAAAGAACUGCGAUAUCUUCCAGAACCUCAGCACCAAGCAGCGACUGAGUCUGCGCAGGAUGGUCAUUGACAUGGUGCUGGCCACAGACAUGUCCAAACACAUGAACCUCCUGGCCGACCUCAAGACCAUGGUGGAGACCAAGAAGGUGACAAGCCUCGGUGUCCUCCUCCUGGACAACUAUUCCGACCGAAUCCAGGUUUUGCAGAAUCUGGUGCACUGCGCUGACCUGAGCAACCCCACCAAGCCGCUGCCCCUUUACCGCCAGUGGACAGACCGCAUCAUGGCCGAGUUCUUCCAUCAGGGAGACCGCGAGCGUGAGUCGGGCCUGGACAUCAGUCCCAUGUGUGACAAGCACACGGCCUCAGUGGAGAAGUCCCAGGUGGGUUUCAUUGACUACAUUGCCCAUCCACUGUGGGAGACUUGGGCUGACCUGGUCCACCCAGACGCACAGGACCUGCUGGACACGCUGGAGGACAAUCGAGAGUGGUACCAGAGCAAGAUCCCCCGAAGUCCCUCAGACCUCACCAACCCUGAGUGGGGCGGGCCUGACAGAUUCCAGUUUGAGCUGACUCUGGAGGAGGCAGAAGAAGAGGAGGAGGAGGAGGAAGAGGACGGGGAAGAGACAGCUUUAGACAAAGAGGCCUUGGAGUUGCCUAACACUGAACUCCUGUCCCCGGAAGCUGGCCCAGACCCUGGGGACUUACCCCUCGACAACCAGAGGACUUAGGGCCAGCCCUGUGUGAACUGCAGGGGCAAUGGAUGGUGAAUCCCUUUGGCUCUUGGCAGGCAGACUUUCCAGGAAGUGGCUCCAUGUGGCUUUUGCUUCACUUUCCCACCCAUUGAGGGAGACAAUCAAGUUCUUAGUCAUAGGUGGCUCUCAGGGUCUAAUUGGAGGCACCUGGCUGGGGUCCACUCUGACCCCGGACUUAACCUAAAAGAGCUCUCCAAGGGGCAGCCUCUUAUAAUGCCCUUGGGAUCUUUCUCCUGGGCUUCUAUCCCUGCGAGGAGAGGUGCUGUCUGCUAGAGCCUCUAGCCCACCCUCUCCAGUGGUCACUCUUGAGCCACAUCUGUCACUUAAUUAUUUCCUUCUUUGUCAAA